AUACAACCCGAGAGAAAAUGGGGGCUCAAGUGCGACCUUCCGACCCACGAUUGGCACUCCCCUACUGGCUAAAUAUAGCACCCCUGCCGAAACAGGAGUGACGAGAAUUGGAUUUCCUUCCUUAGGCUGAUUACCGACCCCCAUUAUUGGUCUAGUAAGAGGGGGUAGUCCUUAAUGAAUGAGGAGUACAAACGUAGAAGGCACCAGGCUGGCAUGUUGCCCCCCUUAAUUCUGAAGUCCGCCCCUCUGUUACUGCACGCAACGUCACCCUGUCUCUACAUAUAGGACGAGUCUCGCGGCUAAUUGUCACCAAUCGCCGCUUUGUCUUCGGGAUAAUAACUUGCCACCAUUUUUGGAUACUCAUCUACUUUUACUAAAGGAAUCCUUCUCUUGUGAUCAUUUGUGCUCUUUACUUUAGCCCGAGGAACAUCAUAUUUUAUUGAGCUUGUUUACCCCCAAGCCAUCCUUAAUUCUCACAACUUCUCAAGUUUAGUACUACACACACUAUUACCAUGAAGACCAUCAUCGCUUUAUUUGCUUUUGUUGCUGUAGCAGCAGCCGUACCAGGUACAGGUACAGGAGGAAUUCCAGGUACUGAUGGAACACAAUUCAACUUAGGUAAUGGUGGUGGUGGUGAGAUAGGAGCUAACGACGCUUAUGGAGGAGGAGCCAUGGGUACAUCAGACUACGGAACAUCUGGCAGCGCAGAUGCAAUGGGAGGAACCAGCUACGGUGGUUCUGACACCAGCAGCGACACUGGCAGUGAUGACGACAGCAUUGACGAUGACGGCAGCAGCGAUGACUCGUCAGAAGACAACAGCGGCGGUGCCGGCAACAACGGAGUCUCAAAUCUCGGCUCUAUGACCGCACAGCAGAAGAGUGGUAUGGCCUUUGGCAUCAUCUUUGCCGUAGGAGCCGUUGUAGCAGCAGCAGGUGUCGGAUACUUUGUCUACAGGAAACGUCAAAAUGGCGCCCAAAUGCUUUCAAACGCAUAAGAACUAAUUCGCUAUAUAGAUUUAUCACAAACUCUUGACGUCUUUUUUACAUUUUUACAACCACUGCCAGCCUGAGCUGUAAGUACAGCUUAAAUGCCUGAUCAAAGACGACAGUCAUAACACCAUAUUAAAAGACACCCAUGUUCGUUAAAGUUGGUAUUAGCUUGGCAACGGUGUCUAGCUAGGAUCUAUGACCUGACAUCAUCAACAUGAAUCUUACUAUGCCACCAACAUCACGGUACAUUGGGUCGAUUUAGCGAUAGACAGUUAUUAACUAAAUUACAAGGGACAUGAUAUGACAAAUUCCUCUAUCAGGAUGGUCGUAUUUAUCCCUUCUCUUUUCUGAUGAACUUAAAGAUACCUAUCGCUCAGGGACUUGAUAAACGCUACUUGUGAAACUGUUUUUCAACUAAGCCCUGUUUGCCUUAUAAUUCCAUGACAUCCAAUUCCCCUCCCCCCAACGGAAGAAGGUCCUGUAUGAUGAUCUAAAAUAACUGAAUACCUUCUCGUGGAAAGCAGAAACAUUUUUUUCUUUGUUCUACUAACCCUUUUUUUAACUUCGGUUUUUGCCUUCAGAACUAAGUUUGCACUAAAACAAUAAGAAUGACUUACAGUUUAUUUGAUUAGUUUGAUUUGGUACGUUUUGUUUCUGUUUGAUAAAAAAAAAAUUUCACCUUUAUUCGUUGUUCAACAUUUUUAAACAGCUUUAUGGUUUUGUUUGCCUUCCACCUUCUAAGUUGUGAAGAUUCAAUUAAGAUAUUUAUCAUGCUGAGUAUUUGUCUUUUUUUAGUAAAAAUAAUUACUCACAUAAAUUAUUAUAUACAUACUUCAUUAUAUUCCUCAUUAAAAGAUUUUGUCUUCGUGCGCUGAAAUGCGUUUAAAACAAAAUCGUUUUAUAGAGCUGCAUUAUAUUCUAUGGUUUUAAUAAAGUUAUAUCUGUUUUGGAAUAAUGUUUUGUCUAAUGUAUUCCUGUUUCUUAUUUUAACAUAAAUUAUCCAUUUGAUCUGAUAUCGAAAUAAUUUCGAUAAUCUCCUCUGGCACAGUCACAUUCGUAAAAGCGGCUCUAGAUCAUUCAAAGCGAUUUAGAUUAUUUAUAAUGACAUACCACAGGUCGGUUUGAACUUGCUUUCGUUUGUGAAGGUGUGGCAUAAUGUUACAGUCACGCUAACAAACAUGAUUGCAAACCGAUUAAAGAUUUAACAUUUUUUCAAAAGGCA